CACUCAAAAUCGAAUUCUAGUAAGCUAUAUUGAUAUAAUGAAUAAAAAUAAAUAAAUAUGAAUAAAUUUAAUUAAAUCAUCCCGUUUGAGCUGUUUAAUUUAUGUUUUUAGACCACCUCGGUCACAUGAUGCGGGUCGCGAAUGACUUCACGCUCUGUGUCAUGACUCAUGGCUGCGCGAGACAUAAACAUGACAGUGGUUCUGUAAUUCAGAGCACUGAACUAGUGCGAUGAUUAAAGCAGCCGCCAUAAUCUAUCAUUUUGCGUUUAGGUCCGCCAUAUGAACUCAGCUGGUCGGUGUUUAGUGCGCCAGGUGAAGUGAUAGCUGUGCUGUAGAUCACAGGAAGGAUCCGAUCAUGCAGACUGAAGCCGUGCUGGAGCUUCACGGCGGAUCACAGAGUUCCUGUAGGACAGGCUCCAAAUCAUGGCAGUACAGAAUUCCUGUGGCGUUAGAGGCUGCUGUUGGCGUGUGGGCAUCGUGCUGGUGGGCCGGUGAUAUGAACACCCCUGAGCAAGGUUUUGUGUGCCCUGUAGGCCCUGCACUUGAGUGGCUGGAGCCAAAACUUCCAGACAUCCUGAAGAAUGGAGGGACGCUACCCAGCAUCACCAAAGAUGAUGGCAAAACAGAGGGAACCAUUCUGGAACCUUUAGAAAUGGACUCAUGUGAUAUCGCUGGAGAGCAGGAGGAGAUUGAUGCCACACAGGAGGUAGAGGAUUCAACUCCGGCCGAGGAGGAGGAUCUGGGUGCUGUCGAAGAGGAGCGCAGCGUCAUUCUGCACCUCCUCUCUCAGCUCAAACUGGGCAUGGACCUCACCAGGGUGGUCCUGCCUACCUUCAUUCUGGAGAAGCGCUCCUUGUUGGAAAUGUAUGCAGACUUUAUGUCCCAUCCAGACCUUUUUGUGGCCAUCACCGACGGCUCCAGCCCGAUAGACCGUAUGGUCCGAUUUGUGGAGUAUUACCUCACUUCCUUCCACGAAGGUCGCAAAGGUGCCAUUGCCAAGAAGCCCUACAACCCCAUCAUUGGAGAGACCUUCCACUGCUCUUGGAAAGUACCCAAAGCGACAAUGCCUCCGUCAGCAGUCCCAAAAGAAGGGACCUCGUGCGCAUCCGACUGCUACAAUGUCCGCUUUGUGGCUGAGCAGGUUUCCCAUCAUCCACCUGUGUCAGGCUUCUAUGCAGAAUGCCAGGAGAGACAGAUGUGUGUCAACACCCAUGUGUGGACCAAGAGCAAGUUCAUGGGCAUGUCCAUUGGCGUCUCUAUGAUUGGAGAAGGUAAUCUACACCUAUUGGAGCAUGGUGAGGAAUACACCUUCAGUCUGCCCUCUGCUUAUGCCCGCUCUAUCCUCACUGUACCCUGGGUGGAACUGGGAGGAAAGGUUAACGUCAACUGUGCCAAGACGGGCUACUCUGCAGUCAUCACCUUCCAGACAAAGCCGUUCUAUGGGGGCAAGCUACACAGAGUGAACGCAGAGGUCAAACACAACCCCACCAACUCCGUGGUGUGCCGAGUACAGGGUGAGUGGAACGGCGUGAUGGAGUUUACCUACACCAGCGGGGAGACACGUGUCGUAGACGUUACCAAACUCCCUGUCACCAGAAAACAAGUACGGCCCAAUGAGCUGCAAGGGCCCUACGAGUCUAGGCGACUGUGGCAGCAUGUGACGGAGUCUCUCAAGGAAAGAGAUAUGGAUAAAGCCACAGAACAUAAGCGCUUCCUGGAAGAAAGGCAAAGGAAAGAGGAAAGGCAUCGCGCAGAGACACAGACAGCAUGGAGGACCAAAUACUUUGAGCGCAAAGGUGAAGACUGGGUGUAUUACCAACCACUGUGGAAAACGGCGACCCAUAGUUCUUCCCCAGUGUCCCCUCCACAAAACCCAUGACCUCUGACCUUUUAAGACCUGAGUCUGGGAAUUGUACAGCCUCCUGCUGCAGUAUACCUCUGCUCCGGUGUUCCCUCUCUCACAGAUGAGGACAUACACUCUCCUUUGUAUGAUUCCUGAAACAUAACUUCAGUUUGAGUGUUUGAAACACACUUUGUGGACUUGCGGGAUUGCACUCUGUUGUUCAUAUUUUGCAUCGUUUGGUGGUAGGAUUUUUGUAGAGCUACACAGUGAAUAAUUUCUUCAAUCCGCACACAGAUAUUGUUUGUUGAUAUUGCCUUAACUAGUGUUGUAUGUAAAGAGGGCUGAGUACAGUGUGCCGGGGAUUUGUGUUUGAGGUGAACUGCUUAAUCUAACCAUACUGUGGUGUACUGUAUUUGACCACGGUACGGUCAAAGUUUUCUGAUUCCUUUCAAAUCAUUAUUUAUUUGAUAUCAAAUGAAAUGCAGGAUCAGGGGGAAGGUGGGUGGAGUUGAAAAGGACAGGCGCUAGUUGCGUUGAUAACUGGCAAGAUGUGAGUUGUUAUUGCUCAGCCAGAUGCAGUUGGAGUGUUGAUGAGAAAGAAACCGUUGGCUUGGCUUUCGUGUUAUGCAGUCUUUUUCUCAUUCUCGCUCUGGUAAAUGAAGCUUGCAGGCACUAUACACAAAAUCUGGGCCGGAUGGAAGUGUUUGGGUUCAGGCCUGCUCGUCUGUUUCUGCUUGAUGUUCAGUGAACAAUUAUGUUGGCUUUAGUUUCAGAGAGAUUUUAAAGGGAUAGUUCACCCCCCAAAAAAUUCUGUGAUCAUUUGCUCACCCUCAUGUCAUUUAAAAUCUGUAGGACGUUCUUUCUUCCAUGGAACACAGAUUUUCUUUUUUCUUAUUUUUUUUUCAUACAAUGAAAGUCAAUGGGGUCCAAAGGUUCUAAUGACAUGAGGGUGAAUAAAUGUGACCAAAUUGUCAAUUUUAGGUGAACUAUGCUUUUAAUGCGUAUGUUGAGCACUUUAACUGUUUAGACCUAGAAAAAAGCCAGCCUUCUAAAAUUCUCUAUAUGCAUAAUGUGUAAAUACAACCCGAUUAGACAGUAUUAUUGGAGAUACAGUAAGCUCUGUCAAAAGUUCUGACAGACACCAAUCUGAUCUGUCAAAGUGAUGCAGUUUAAUUUUAUGACUUCGGACUGCUACGUUCCACUUUGAUUCUACCUCGAUUGGCAUUGAUAACAUUGUUUUUUUAAAGGGAUAAUUACCCAAAAAUGAACGAUCUGACUCACCCUUAUGUUGUUCUUUGUAGUCCAUAUGACUUGUGCGCUACAUUAAAAGUCAUGUCAGAUUUCAGUCUUAAAUGUCAUUUGCUCUGUACAGUUCAAGAAUGGUGCAUUAGAUGCCUGUCAGACUAGAUUUCAGUCUUUUUUCAGUCCUGCUGAGGAAAAAAUAACAUCAGCCUGGUUUUUAAGUGGAUUCGCCACUUUUCAGCCGGUCAGAUUGGAAGACAAUUAUAUGGUUUCAGAAGACUUUGUUGUAUACAAGUUUUAUGGAGUCACAAUUCACUUUUCUUACAGUAGAGCAGCUUGGACAUUCUGCCUAACAUCUCCUAUAGUAUUUUACAGAAAAUAAGAAACUAUUAUGGGCUUUGGAAUGACAAGAGGGUGAGUAAAUGAAGCCAGAAGUUUAAUUUUUGAGCAAACUCCUUUAGGCGCAAUCAAGAUUCAUUGCUAAAGGUACAGGUUUUUAGUUAGCUGGUCAUGUCAGUAAUCGUUUUUUCUAAAAGUUUAAAACAUGUCAAAUUUGAGGUUUCAGAGUUUUUGUUUAAACGCUUCAUUGUUCACAGUUGGAGUGACGGUGGUGGCUGAAGUGUUGCAUCUCUCAUAUAAUCUCAGCUUCAGCCCUGGCAUUGGUUGUGCUGAGAAACUUGUGGUGCCUUAUUUGUGUUAGUCUUCCUCCCGUUCCACCUCACAGCCAUCAGCUUUCUCAUUAAAACAGAGUAAGACUGAAGCCACAGCCUUUGUACAGAUCUUCUUUCAUUUUCCUGUCAGCAAAAUACAGAAUUCCCAUGAAGCGUUUGGUACAUCAGCUGUGCUCUCCACUCAAAUCACCAACUGCACUGAUGUUUUAAAUACACUUCCUGUAGCCUCAGCAAAAAAUGAUUGAAAAAAUAAAAUUGUUAAUAUAAUGGAG